GUUGAGGACCUAUUUGAGGCCAGUCUGAUUCACCCUGGUCUCAGUGGCAGCCCCUCUCCUCAGCUUCUCCUACAGACCAGAUGCUUCUACUCUCUAGGGCUGCCUGGAGCUCACUGUGUUUAGCGGUGGUUGCCAUGGCAGCAGAGCUGACUCAGGACCAGGUGUCGUGGACCAGGAGAGAAGGGGAAACCGUCUCCUUCAGGUGUACAGACACUGACCAGUGUACUGGUUCCUAUAUCUUCUGGUACCAGAAGAAAGAGAGCGAAACAUUCACCCUGAUUCUUGACAUUGGCAAGAGUAAUGGUGCGCUUGAUAAAAAAUACAACCAUCCUCAGAAGGAUGAUUUCUCAUCAGUCCUCAAAGAGAACAGCUGGGAGUUGUCGCUUCAGAAGGUGAAAGCGUCCCAUUCUGCCACCUACUACUGUUCCUGUUGGACUAGUGGAUAUUUCACUGUGGACAUCUUUGGUCGUGGCACCACCCUGGUGGUUACAGACAGGUCAGUGGUGCGGCCCAAAGUGAGCGUCUACCCAGCGACGGGAGCUGAUUUAAAGGGCCGGCGCUCCCUGCUGUGUGUAGCCAGAGACAUGGUCCCUGAGGAGGUCCGGGUGUCCUGGAGGAGGAGAGGGGGGGAGCAGCUGGAGCUCAGAGGACCGACAUAUGCUGCCAGCAUCCUGGUUAUUGAUCAGGGAGAAACCCUCACAGAUCAAUUCAUCUGUAGAGUUGAGCAUGAGAGCGGUCUGCAGGAGGUGGAGGUCCCAGAGUCCCUCCAGGUGCUGUCCAGAGCCAGGCUGGCGUCUGUGCUCUACACAGUGAUGGUGGUGAAGAGUGUGCUCUGCUGCUGUGGCCUGGCUCUCCUGCUCCUCCACACCAACAAGACCAGCAGGACGCCCAAAACCAGCACCACCACAGCCCUGGACUGACGCUGCUGUCCCCCAGAACCAGCACCACCACAGCCCUGGACUGACGCUGCUGUCCCCCAGAACCAGCAGACCCACCUCGCACAACCAUAAGAGGUCAUCAUGUCAUCAUUUUAUUCAGUUCUACUCUUCACGUUUUUUAAGUUUACUUUCAUUGCUUUCAUGUUUGUAAUACUUUGUUUAUAUAAUGUGUCCGUCCUGACGAAGUACUGAACUCAAUACUCACAGUAGACAACAGAAACCUAGAGCAAAAACAUAGAUAAAGUAGAUGGCUAGGGAGUUCAAAUAGUUUGAUAAAAAUUUAAGAAAUAUUUUAGCAUUCAGAAUAAAAUGAGCAAUGAUAACAUAUUUUAUUAUUAUACAUAUAUUUUACAUAUUAUGAUUGAUAUCAUUAAAAGAUAAAUUCAUCAUCGCUGUAUUUGAUAGUACGACUUAUAUUGACAUUUAAAUAAAACAAUUGGCUAUCCUAUACCCGUCUACAUGUUUGUCAACCCUUCUAUUUGUACAUGACUCUACAUGAGCUUUUUCUGAUUUUUUUUAAAUAAUUUUCAUACAUACAGGAUUGGUAUGUUAACCUAGGUUUCACAUGUUUGGUCAAGCACGACAAUGGUAAUUAAAAGUAAUUAUUUAGUUAAUUGAAGCCUACCUUCAAACUUUUCAAUAAACUGAGGAGUAGUGUAACA